CCAUUCGUUUCCUCAGUUGUUUGUUUCUGCAAUCCUUCAUAAUGUCACUUACUGGAAAAAUUAGCACUGAACUUCCAGUUCAUGCAACUGCAGACAAAUGGUUCCACAUCUUGACCAAAAACCUUCCCCAGGUUCAACACGUUGCUGGUAAAAUUCAUGGAACCAAACUCCAUCAAGGUGAUGAUUGGCAUACCAAUGAUUCGGUCAAACACUGGACUUAUACCUUAGACGGUAAGACAGUAACAUGUCUUGAAAGUAUUGAAUCGGUUGAUGAACAGAGCAAAACAAUUGUAUUCAAGCUCUUUGGUGAAGCUGUCGAUGAUAAAUAUAAGCCGUUGAAGCUAACCAUUGAAGUCAUAGAGAAUGAUGAUGGCAGAACUUCAAUCAAAUGGACCAUUGAAUAUGAGAAGCUAAGAGAGGAUGUUCAUCCUCCAUAUGGCUACCUGGAAUUAUAUGACCAUAUCAUUAAAGAUGUUGAUGCUCAUAUUCUCGAGGCAGAAAGAGAUGCCACCAAAUAAGAAUUGAAAGAAGGUUCAUGUAUGUGUGGCAAAUAAUACUUUUGUAGUUUGUGUGCAAUAAUAAUAAGUGGCAUGUCGGUGAUAUAUAUGUCAGAAAGGUAUUAAAUAAAGGAUAUCGUGUGGUCUUCUUUUCUCA